AUGUAUCGCUCCUCGAUUCGUGCCCUACAGGGCGUCUCGGCCUCGCGAUGCCUCUCGACUGCUGCCACGGCUGCCCGGGCUGGUGCUGGCCGCCGUCUGACGGCCGCCCGCCGUCCACUGGGCGUCGUGACGCAAAAACGCUUCGAAAGCGCGCUCCACAACCCGCCCGACCCGAACGACAGCUUCCUGUCGGGUAGCGCAGCUAACUACGUUGACGAGAUGUACCUGCAGUGGCGUAAGGACCCCAGCAGCGUGCAUGUGUCGUGGCAGGUGUAUUUCAAGAACAUGGAGAGCGGCGACAUGCCCAUCUCCAAGGCCUUCACCCCGCCCCCCGGUCUGGUGUCUGGCAGCCAGCAGGGCGUCAUGACUCUGGCUGCUGGCGCUGGCGUCGGCAUCGGCGAGGGCGCUGAUCUCACGAACCACCUCAAGGUCCAGCUGCUUGUGCGCGCGUACCAGGCCCGUGGCCACCACCGCGCCAACAUCGACCCUCUGGGCAUUCGCAACACCGCCAAGGGCUUCGGCAACGUGCGUCCCAAGGAGCUCGAGCUUGACUACUACGGCUUCACUGAGAAGGAUCUUGAUACCGAGUUCACCCUGGGCCCCGGCAUCCUCCCCCGCUUCAAGCGCACCGGCCGCGAGAAGAUGACCUUGCGCGAGAUCGUCCAGGCCUGCGAGCAGAUCUACUGCGGCUCCUACGGCGUCGAGUUCAUCCACAUCCCCGACCGCGAAAAGUGCGAUUGGCUGCGCGAACGUCUGGAGGUCCCCCAGCCCUUCAAGUACUCGAUCGACGAGAAGCGCCGCAUCCUGGACCGCCUCAUCUGGUCGACCAAGUUUGAGGAGUUCCUCGCCCAGAAGUACCCCAACGACAAGCGCUUCGGUCUGGAGGGUUGCGAGUCUCUCGUCCCCGGCAUGAAGGCUCUGAUUGACCGCUCGGUCGACUACGGCGUCAAGGACAUCGUCAUUGGCAUGCCCCAUCGUGGUCGUCUCAAUGUCCUGUCCAACGUCGUGCGCAAGCCCAACGAGUCCAUCUUCAGCGAGUUCGCCGGCACUGCUGCCCCUGAAGAUGAGGGUUCUGGUGACGUCAAGUAUCAUCUCGGUAUGAACUUCGAGCGCCCCACUCCCUCGGGCAAGCGCGUCCAGCUGUCGCUCGUCGCCAACCCCUCGCAUCUCGAGGCCGAGGACCCCGUCGUGCUCGGCAAGGUCCGUGCCAUCCAGCACUACAACAACGACGAGACCGCCCACAAGACCGCCAUGGCCGUCCUGCUGCACGGUGACGCUGCCUUCUCGGCCCAGGGUGUCGUGUACGAGUGCCUUGGCUUCCACUCGCUUCCUGCCUUCUCGACCGGCGGUACCAUCCACCUGGUCGUCAACAACCAGAUCGGCUUCACCACCGACCCACGUUUCGCCCGCUCGACCCCCUACUGCACGGAUAUCGCCAAGACCAUCGAGGCGCCUGUCUUCCACGUCAAUGCCGACGACGUGGAGGCUGUCAACUUCGUCUGCCAGCUCGCUGCUGACUGGCGCGCUGAGUUCAAGCAGGACGUCAUCAUCGACCUCGUCUGCUACCGCAAGCGCGGCCACAACGAGACUGACCAGCCCAGCUUCACCCAGCCGCUCAUGUACAAGCGUAUCAGCGAAAAGAAGACCCAGCUCGACAUCUACGUUAACCAGCUGCUCCAGGAGGGCAUCUUCACCAAGGAAGAUAUCCAGGAGCACAUGAACUGGGUCUGGUCCAUGCUCGAGGAGAGCUUCGCCCGCUCCAAGGACUACCAGCCCACGUCCAAAGAGUGGACUACCAGCGCCUGGAACGGCUUCAAGUCUCCCAAGGAGCUGGCCACUGAGAUCCUGCCUCACCCCCCGACCGGUGUUGACCGCAAGACCCUCGAGCACAUCGGUGCCGUCAUUGGCACUGCCCCCGAGGGCUUCAACCUGCACCCCAACCUGAAGCGUAUCCUGAACAAUCGCUCCAAGACCGUUCUGGAGGGCAAGAACAUCGACUGGCCCACUGCUGAGGCUCUGGCUUUCGGCUCCCUCGUCACAGAGGGCCACCACGUCCGCGUCUCCGGCCAGGAUGUUGAGCGUGGUACCUUCUCUCAGCGCCACGCCGUCUUCCACGAUCAGGAGACCGAGGAUACCUACACCCCUCUGCAGCACAUCAGCAAGGACCAGGGCAAGUUCGUCAUCUCCAACUCGUCUCUCAGCGAGUACGGUGCUCUCGGCUUUGAGUAUGGCUACUCCCUGACCGACCCCAACGCCUUCGUCAUGUGGGAGGCCCAGUUCGGUGACUUCGCCAACAACGCGCAGUGCAUCAUCGACCAGUUCAUCGCCGCUGGCGAGCAGAAGUGGAUGCAGCGCACUGGUUUGGUCGUCUCCCUGCCCCACGGCUUCGACGGCCAAGGUCCCGAGCACUCGUCCGGCCGUCUGGAGCGCUUCCUGCAGCUGUGUAACGAGGACUCGCGCGUCUUCCCUGCCCCUGAGAAGCUCAACCGCCAGCACCAGGACUGCAACAUGCAGGUUGCCUACCCGACCUCGCCUAGCAACCUGUUCCAUCUCCUGCGGAGACAGAUUAAGCGCCAGUUCCGCAAGCCCUUGAUCCUCUUCUUCUCCAAGUCCCUCCUGCGCCACCCGAUCGCCCGCUCUAACAUCGAGGAGUUCAUCGGCGAGUCCUCCUUCCGCUGGAUCAUCCCCGACCCGGCCCACGAGACGGGUGCCAUCAAGCCGCACGACCAGAUCGACCGCCUGAUCCUCUGCUCCGGCCAGGUCUAUGCUGCCCUCGUCAAGUACCGCGCCGACAACGGCCUCGACAACGUCGCCAUCACCCGCAUCGAGCAGCUGCAUCCCUUCCCGUGGGAGCAGCUCCGCGAGAACUUGGAUUCGUAUCCCAACGCCAAGACCAUCGUCUGGGCCCAGGAGGAGCCGCUUAAUGCUGGCGCUUGGAGCUACACCCAGCCCCGCAUUGAGACCCUCCUGAACUGCACGAAGUAUCAUGAUCGCAAGCAUGUCAUGUAUGCGGGUCGUAACCCGAGUGCUUCGCCGGCUACAGGUGUCAAGAAGAAUCACGUGCGGGAGGAGCAGGAGUUGUUGGAAAUGGCAUUUUCGGUGAAGCAGGAGAAGUUGAAGGGGGAGUAA